CAGAAUUGCCGUUUUCAAGCGGCAUUGGUGGACCGUUGGAUGAGCCUUCACUCCUGACAUGAGGCUGAAAAGUGCGACUCCAAAACAAGCGAUAUCAAAACAGGUGAGUGACCAGGAUGGUGGGCAAAAAACGGGCGCCGUCGGCUUCAAAAGCUAGCCACGUGAAGCAAAAAGAAGUCAAAAAACCCGCCCACCUGGCCAACUCGGCCAGCUCGGCCCCGGCUGCAGCCAAGACCACCACCAGGCACAACACAAAGUCUCAGGGGGAACCAGAUGGACAGCUGCAGCUCACGCCGUCAAACCCUGAUCGCAAACAGCAGCAGCGGGUCCUGGAUGUGUUUCGGCACGCGUUCAGCGACACCCUCGCUUCGCCCAACUUCACGGCCGCCCUGCAGUCGGUGAAGCAGGCUCUCUAUGACCGUGACUUUGCACGGGCAUUUAACGACCCAGAGUCCUUGGCCGUGUAUGCCGCACGAUGGAGCCCGACGAGGGCGCUGUGCUAUGCCUCUGUCUUGACCGGCAUUCAAAAGCACCUGGAACUUUUGUUCACCAGGAAAGGCGAUGAUGAUGGAGACGGCGAGCACGAGGCGACGCCGGAGCCUCCGUCCCAGCAACUCCACGUUCUCUCCAUCGGCGGCGGCGCAGCCGAGCUUGUCGCCUUGAGCGCCUUUCUCAACGCCAACCCCUCCCUAUCAGGCGCCAUCACGCUCCUCGACUCCGGCCCCUGGGCCACCGUAGUCACCCAGCUCACCAACGCCCUCACCACCCCUCCCCCUAUCUCCAAAUACGCCAGCGCCGCCGCCAAGCAGGCCAACACCGCCUUCGUCCCCGCCUCCCACCUGCAGCCCACCUUCCUCCAGCGCGACGCCCUGACGCUCACCCAGGCCGAGCUCACCAGCCUCCUCGGCGGCCCCGCCGCCACUGCCCCGCGGCUGAUCACCCUCCUGUUCACGCUCAACGAGCUCUUCACGGCCGGCGGGAUCGGCAAGACGACGGCGUUCCUGCUGGCGCUGACGGCGGCCGCGCCCGCCGGCAGCCUGCUGCUGGUCGUCGACAGCCCCGGCAGCUACUCGGAGGCGAGCGUGGGCGGCGGCGGCAGCGACAAGCGCCGGUACCCGAUGCAGUGGCUGCUGGACCGGAUCCUGCUGGGCACGCGGCGCGAGCCGGUCGUCGGCGACGAGCCGCCGGGCACGUGCUGGGCCAAGCUCGAGUCGCGCGAUUCCGAGUGGUUCCGGCUGGCCGAGGGCGGGGCCGGGCAGCACCAGCAGCAGCAGCGGCUGGAGUACCCCAUUGCGCUGGAGAAUAUGCGGUUUCAGAUGCAUCUGUACCGGGCGGAGCGUGCGAGUUCGGGGGAGAGUGGGGAUGGGGACCGGGAUGGGGAGUGAAGAUGUGGGAACGUAACGUCUAAUUAUCGUCUACUAUCGUCUACGUGCGUGGUGGGUUGAUAAACCAACCCAUUUCAACACCAACAGCAACAGCAACAUCCAAAG